GUUGUUUUUGCUGUUCGUCUUUGUUUUUUUUUGAAAGAUAUUCGUCCAUCUCGUCCAUGUAUAAUUCUUAUUUUGUUGCGCAGUUUCGUCCGUUUUGCCUGCGACACUUUACCUAGCAUGCAUGAGUAGUUUACUUUUUACAGCAGUAUAGUAAAAGUAUCUUUGAAGCCUUCUAGUUCUACUUUUAGUAAGUUCCCCGUUCCGAGUUUAUAGUGCUAUGUCUCCACUACCACUAAUGCCUAACCACAAGACAUAACAAAGACGAUGGUGCAAUGUAGUAAGUCUGGCGCUCGUCUUCCACGGUCGUUGCAUCAAUGCGCAGAGCGAUUGGUUUUUCUCGCUGCGGGUCUUCAGGUAGGUCUCUUCUACCAUUUUGCUUUACGAAGUAGAGAACAUCUUCCGGAACAAUAUGGGUACUUCGAGAGGUUUCCCGUCGCGCUCACACACCUUUUUGUGGUCCUCGCGGCGGUUGCGUGUAGACAGCUGCAGCCGUUCUGGUUACCCGUUUUUCUGGGAACGUAUUUUUUGGCGACAGCGAUAUUCUUGGUUGGGUCGGAGUUAGACGUUCCGGCGAGGCUGUUAUUCUUCUACUUGCCUGCAUUUGUAUGGUCAUUGCAGGCAUGCUGUGUGGGUGUGGAAGCCUGUCAGGCAAGGAAGCGAAACGCUGAGCAGCACAACAAGGCAGUUAUAGCCAGUACUGCACCAAAUUCAGGCACCGAUGAUGUUGAAGCGCGUCCACAUGGUUGCACCUCGGCAGCAAGUGCAGUGAACGACGGGGAACGGAUAGCCUACCAUGAUCAAGAACCACAUCAAUCCUCUAGCGCGAUACCCGUUGACCGUGACGACCUAGAAAGUGUGGCUUCCUUUGGCGGAGAGUCAAGCCAUCCGUUAGUACAAUC